UACGGCAUUAGUAAACUGUGUAACUAAACUACAUAUAUUUCGGAUGCUUAAAUUAGGCCUAUCUAAAUUAUGAAUUGGUCAAACUGAUCUAUCUUCAUGGAUGUAUCGUUUCUCAAAGGUUUUGCUGACUCAAGAAUAGCGGUCGAUAUUUUCACAAAGUUUGACAGCAUAAACGCCGAACUACCAGUCAAAAAAUCGAGACCACGCCACCUGAGCACAAUAUCGGCCAAUUAUAGCCUGUUUUGUCUUUCGUUUUCAAUAAAAGACUGAAAUAAAAGACUCCGAGGUAUAACCCGCUUAUUUACGCAUACAGUAGGCUAUGUACAAUUGUUUGACGUCACUUCUGGUCACAUAAUGCGUUACAGUGAUCGCCUGGUGUGGCUUGUUAAUGAUUAUUAUACCACCAAUGAGUUUGCUGGUUUGGCGCUGGAGGAUGAAGUGGAAUAUAUGGACACAUCUGAAACACCAUGGUACUGGUAUUACAAGGCAAAGUGUGGUGUCUGGCACAGAGUUGAGGAUGACCCAAAGAAUUUCAUGUCAAGUAAUGAUCUGGAGAGAUAUUACCUCAGAAACCCCAAAGGGGUUAUUAACAUGACUAGUGCUGGAGUUCAGUUCCAGAUUAACUUUGCAGAAAGCACACAGUUCAACUUUAAAACUGGGAAAAUAAAGCAGAUUAAACGCUCAUUUCAGACUGAUAUUGGCUUCAGGUGCAAAUGUGAUGACAUUUCUCCCUCUCCACCUGCACACUGGGAGAAUGUAGAUCCCAAAAAACCUUAUCAGUUAAUCUCUCUAAGAAAAGACUGCAGAGAAUAUCAGGAGAUGGAGAGAUUUGUCAGGGAUGUUGGCUUACUGCAUGAUUCCAUCGUAUCCAUCAACAGAAUACAAAACAUGGACCUUUGGGAAUUGUUUUGUAGGAAAAAAAUCCAGUUGAUGAGGAUAAAAGGACAAUCAGAUAUUGAAGAGCAAAUGCUGUUUCAUGGCACAAGUGCAAAAAGCGUGCGCUCUAUUUGCACAUUUAAUUUCAGUUGCAGACUAUCAGACAAGAGAAGAAAGGGGCAUGUAUUAGGCAAAGGAACCUACUUUGCAAAACAUGCAUCCCUUGCUACCAAAUAUAGUGAAAACACCUGCCAGGGAACCAAAGUAAUGCUGCUUGCCCGCGUUAUUGUUGGGAAGUACAGAACAGGCCAUCAAGAUUAUUGUACACCUAACGAUGACCAGAAUGAUAACAUACACGAUAGUUGUGUAGAUAAUGCACUCUGUCCAAGGAUUUUUGUUAUCUUUGAUUCCAAUCAGAUAUAUCCAGAGUAUGUGCUUGAAUACCGCUGCAACUAAUUUCACUGCAGUAUCACUGCAACAAUGAAUGCUGCAGAAUUAGAGAAUGUGUGUAAAAUGUCAGAAUGUUUACAUAAACUAAGGUGUCUUUGGGAAAAUAUUUCUGCAAAAGGUUGGAAUUUUAUGCAUUUUAGAGGACUAAGUCAUUUAACGUUAUACUUUUUGAAUUUAACAGAAGCUCACCUCAAGCAGUGCUUUCACUGCCACUCUUGGCCAAGAAUGUUCCCAUCAUUCCAAAAAAGAACACAUCAGUUCAGCACAGAUCUUCACAAUCCUGAUGAAAUCAAGAGGACUUUAUUUACAUCAUCAGUCCAAUCACAGAGUUGAUCACCAAACGAUCAUAUGGAGGUCAACAGAUACAUAACCCCAAAAAAAUUAAAAGUGCCUUGUUGAAAAUGAACACGGUGCUUCAGCAUAUCCACAUACGGACUUAAAUUAUUACUUGCCUCAUGAUGUGAGAACUGAAAUCAAGGAUCAAAUAAACGUUACUUGGCACCUCAA